GUAAACAUCGGCGGCCAUUGCGGUACUGCACAACAGAUAGUCUGAGAUUCUGAAAACACCGAUUAUCAUGCCGUAUAAGCGGGGUGGAUUCAAAAUGUGUGUGAUCAUCGGUUGCCACCAAAAGAAGUUAUAUGACUGGAAAAAGGCGCAUUGCGAAGAACACGGCUUACUGCAUGAGGAUUACCCUUGUCUUCAGCCAUUCUCCAUGCUCUGCAUACCGAAGAAUGCGGAAAGACGCCGAGCAUGGAUUCGUGCCAUUAAUAGAAAAGACUUUGAUCCAAAGAACAAAGACCAGGUGUGUUCUAUUCGUUUUCUUGAUGGUAGACUGACGGGGUUAAAUCCUGAUCCUGUUCUUCAUCUCGGAUACAAGAUUGAAGUAAAACCUGGACGUCGAAAGUUCACUCGAGUGCCCUUUCUUCCAAUUUCAACAGAGUGCAACAAACCGUGUCCAACAAUUGAAGAUUUCCAUACAUUUUCCAACAAAGCAUGCGAAUUAGCAGGUGAUGGACACAUAGAAUCGACAAAGGUACAAAGUUCAAACCACUGUUCUCAGACAGAACCUGUAAUAUGCCAUUUUGCUGAGGAAAAAAUGUCCUUGUGUUAAAAAAACAUGUGACUCAAGUACACAGAUAGAAAAUUUUGUGACCAUUGAGCAUUGUUAUGCUAUGUUAGGACCAAAGACAAAAUGUGUUGGCAUACAACACUUUUUCCAAUUAGGUGUGGAUUUAAUUAACACUGACAUUCAAGCCAGAUUUUACACUGGUCUUACUUGUGCUGUUUUUUUCACUAGUUAAUACUUUAUCUGCGUUUAGGAAGAAAUUACCAUACAGAUUGCCUAUCCCUGGUCAGAUUUUACUGCCAAUAAUGCGUCUGCGUCUAGCUUUUAAGGACUUGGGAAACAGAUUUGGUAUUUCAUUUCAACUAUGCAGUUCAAUCGUUUCCUCCUGGAUAAAUAUUAUGCACAUUUGCGAAACUGUGUACUCUGGCUUCCACGAGAAUCUAUUCAAAGGACUAUGCCACAGUCAUUUAAGGAUGCUUUUCCAAAAACAACUUGUGUUAUUGAUUGUACCGAGAUAUUUAUUCAGCGUCCAUUUUUCCUUAAAGCCAGAGCUCAAACUUAUAGUACCUACAAGGGGCAUAACACUGCAAAGGUUCUUGUGUCCAUAGCACCUAGUGGAUAAAUUAUGUUUGUGUCACAUACUUAUGGUGGAAGAGCUAGUGAUAACUUUAUAACUAAGUAAUGUGGAUUUUUAAAUGUGUUACGGCCGGGCGAUGAUGUAAUGGCAGAUCGUGGUUUCACAAUUGGAGAGGACCUUUUUGUUCGUAGAGUUAAAGCUGACAUGAAUUAAUAAAUACGUACACCUUUCUCAUCUUAUCUGCCAUAUUUCUUUCAGGUAGCCUAAUUUACUCUUCCCGUAUAUACCCCAAAUGUGAUUGUCACACCUGAGUGAUUUUUCUAGGUGGACUCGACCAGUGCACACCUCCGAUAGAAAUAUAUAGGGAAUGAGAAACAAAUAAAAUAACAUUUUAAAACAUUAUGCUUUGCUCAAAAUUACAAAAUAUUGAUUGUUUACUAAUGCAACAUUCUGGAAGUUUAGAUAAGUUAGACAAAAAUGCAAAAAACAAAAAAAACAAAAGAAAAGAAAAAAGCUUUUCUUGCAUACUUGCAAGUGCAUGCAAGUAUUUGCAUUUUCUAAUAAAAUAAAUGCGGAUAAAUCAUUUGCCAAUUACAUACUGAUAGAAUGGAAUAGGCAAAGAGCAUAAAAUAUAUUAUUUAUAUCAAUUCUUGCAAAAUAAAGGUGCAUGCCAUAUGCAUAAUAUGCAAUGCACAAGGUAUAAUCGCCAAAAAAGUAUCAAAUACGGGCGUCUAUUCAACAGGUAUCGGAGAUGUGCACUUACCGAAAAUAUUAGAUUCUCUUUAUUCUGAUAAAUCCACGAAACAAAAUGAUAAACUCCAUUUGUAUCUCGUUAGAACUUUACAACACGUUGUCAUUCCAUUAUACAGACUGCGACACACUUCACCCGUGCCAAACAGGGUGUCUUCAAUCAGGGGAGAUGUCAGAGUCGAAUUUUUUUCCUGUAUUGAAUGCUUGUCUGGUCGAGGUUUUGCAGUUUAUAGAAAUGGGGAAUCUAAUAUCUUGUUGGAUAUAUUGCGUGCGCAAUUCAAAAUUUGUCGAUGAUCAUAAACAAACUUGGAUAUACAAAUAAGGGAAUAAUGAUCGAAAAUAUACAUCUGUGUGCAAAUGCGUGUAUUACAUUUGCAAUCCAUAAUAAACAGUUCAUUAUACACAAAGACACAUAUGAAAGUAAAUUUCUAAACGAAAAUAUAGUUUUGUUGUCUCUUUUGGAACCACAUAAUUAUUUACGGUCUCUGUAUGUCCAUAUUAAUUGAGAGAGAGAGAGAGAGAGAGAGAGAGAGAGAGAGAGAGAGAUACCGU